AUGUUUAAAUAUAUCGCUCUAUUCGUCAUCAUUGGAUGUGCCGUGGCUAACCCAGAGCCGGAGGCUAAAGCUGCUCCUGAAGCUAAGGCUGCACCAAAACCAGGCGUGAUUGCUGGCCCGGCUUUAGCUUACACCGCUGCCUAUGCUGCCCCAUUGGCUUACAGUGCAUACAGCACUCCAUUAGCUUACAGUGCAUUUGGAGCUCCUGUUGUUUCGCCCUAUGCUGCAGCCUAUACUGCCUACUCACCUUAUGCUGCAUACUCUGCACCUUAUGUUGUGGUUUGA